AUGGGGAGUAUCCUAGAUUCCUAUCCAGAGUACAGCCAAACAUCUCGGCUAGACGAACUGCGGGCUACCGAGUAUGGCUACCUCGACGAACAGGGUCAUCUUUAUCUCGACUUCACCGGUGCCGGUCUGGCUGCAAAAUCCCAGAUCCGAGCACAUGAGUCCCGGCUCGGGCAAACACUCUUCGGCAACCCUCACUCGACGAACCCCACAAGCCAGUCCGCUACCCGUCUCGUGGAAGACGCGAGGGCCCGAGUCCUCGACUAUCUCAAUGCGUCCCCGAAAGAAUACACCGCAAUCUUCACCGCGAACGCGACGGGUGCCGCACGGCUGGUUGCAGAGGCAUACCCGUUCAAGAGGCGGACCAACCUUGUGUUGACGUCGGAUAAUCACAACUCCGUGAACGGGCUGCGGGAGUUCGCCCGUCGAAGCCACGCGAAGACCGUCUACGUCCCGGUCCGAGCACCUGAGCUCCGAGUCGAUCCCUCGGAUCUCAUGUCGGCCCUGAGCCGUCGCAGGGGAGAGACUUUGCUAGUGACACAACUUGAUGCGUUGAAGGAGAUUUUUCAAUCGAAAGCGAACGCCUUUAUGAAGCCAGAAAUCACGAGAAGGAUACAAACUCCUGUCAUGGGAAACGGCAUCGUGUUUACUGAAGGCGAGGAGCAUCGUGCCGACAGAAGGCUGUUCUCUCCACCGUUCUCUUUGAACAAAAUAAAAAGACUCAUUCCGAUGAUUCAGUACAUGGCAAAGCAGCUUAACCAACAUCUCAGCCAACUUACUGAACAACAACCUGCGAUCAUUGAUAUCUCUUCAAUGUGGUCGAGGGUGACUUUAGAUGUAAUUGCCUAUUAUUCAACUGGCACCGACAUGUCCAUUACGCUCAAGCCUUCAGUCUUUCACGACUCUUACCAGGACGUGUUCGAUCCGUCGACAUUUGGGCAGCUACUGAUGUUGAUUUCGGGUUUCUUUCCCGCUGUUCGAUUGAUUCCCUUCAAGGAGAACCGCAAAUUCAAUUCUGCGAGGGAAAGAAUUCGUUCCGAAAUUAGGAAAAUCAUUCGUCAGCGGAUGUCUGAGCUCUCCGAAGAAUCGGCCAAGGACGUCGAAAAACCGGAUUUGCUUUCGCACAUGAUAUCGGAGUCUCGUGCCACAGGCCAGCUAUGGCCAGAAGAGAAAUUAUUUGAAAAUGUUCUCAACCUCUUCGGCGCCGGGCACGAGACUUCCGCUACCACUUUGGUCUGGACAAUUCACGCGCUCACACUCCAUACGGAUAUCCAAGACCGGCUACGUGCGGACGUAUUGAAUCUUCUUGAACGCAAGCCAAACCCGGACUUCGUGGAUCUGGAAAGCCUCCCCUACCUCGACAAAGUCUUGAAGGAAAGCCUCCGGCUGUACAACCCAGGGAUUGCGACGGGGAGAGAGCCGAUGCAUGAUGUCGAAGUCUGCGGGAUCCUCAUACCGAAAGGCACAAUGAUCAUGUGUAUGCCGUCCAUUUUGAACCAGAACCCAGCGAUCUGGGGCCCAGAUGUGGACGAGUUCAAGCCCGAGCGAUGGGACAACCUGACUGGCCAAGCGGCGGACCCGAACGCGAUGGCCAGUUUCUUACUUGGGCCACGAUCAUGCAUCGGCAAGGCUUUCUCUAUGUUGGAGAUGAAGAUCCUGCUCGUGGAAGUGCUCUCGAAGUUCCGUUUCGAGGCUGUCGUCGAUGAAAAGGACAUGGUCCUGAUGAAUCCGAGUCUGACGUUGCGUAUCCAAGGAGGGUUGAAAGCCCGGGUUACCCGUCUGUGA